AUGUCGUCCAAGAAAAUUGCCGUUGUUGUCUGCAGCAUCCGCGAGCCUCGACUGAAUCCCUUUAUCGCUCGAUAUGUGCUUAAUCUUGCCGCACCCUACAUUGAAACCGAAGCGAUCGAAAUUCUUGAUAUCGGCGACCAAGGCCUUUCGUUAUACAGUGAGCCUGCCGUGCCCUCGCACCUCCCGGAGACCGACCCGACACCUCACUACGCCCACAACCCUACACGAGCCUGGUCCGCAACUGUGCAACAGUACAGCGCUUUUAUAUUUGUGACCCCACAAUACAAUUGGAGUAUUCCCGCCGCUCUGAAGAAUGCACUGGACUUAUUGUUCCAUGAAUGGCGGGGCAAGCCGGCGGCGAUUGUGACAUACGGAGGGAGGGGUGGUGGAAAGGCCGAAGGUCAUUUGCGCCAGAUUCUGCAGGGACUCCGCAUGAACAUCAUGCCCACCACCCCGGCACUAACAGUCAAGUCCACAACGCUGGAUGACUGCUUAAGGACUCAGCAGAUCAGCGUGGCUGAUCUGGAUCGGUGGCGGGAAGCUGGUGUUGAAGAGCAGAUGCCUUCCAUGUUUGUGGAAUUGUUAAAAAAGGUCCGUGGGGAUUGA